AUGGCUCUCAAGAACGAUUGCUCCAAGAUUGAAGACAUCGAAUCAGGAGCAGCAACUUUCUCCGCUCCAGACGCCACGCUCCCCGCCUCCUCGUCGCCACCCAGAAACUCGCUCCCACUCUUUUGCUGCGCACCGCUCGCAAAGAACGCGUUUCCCGCAAGUGGCAGCGCGAAUGAGGAGAAUCCGGGAGAGUUCACCGCAAUUUACCCUUCCGAUUUGCACAUCGCCAACCCUGAGGAAUCCCGCGAGCCUGCUGACGACGCCGCUGCUGCAUGGGCGCGCGGAAAUGCGGGUGGUGGUUGGCACUGCAGCGCGCGUGAAAUACUGGGGCAUCUCGUCGCCGCGCGUUAUGGUGCAUGUGGAAUGCACGAUGCAGCUGGACCCCCAUCACUCGCCUCCCUGCCACCCGCCGCCCCUAUUCUUCGGAAGCUUAUCCUCAGCGCAUGCCCAUCCAUUGAUGGGGCCGGCGACUUUCGGCCGUAUCUUAAGCCUGGAUGGCGCCCUUUGAGGUCAACGCCCCUGUGUGGGGCGACUGACUAUGCCUCCCCCCUUUCCCCAUCGCCUCAUUCCCCCCUUCCCCACUCCCCACCCUUCCCACCCGCGUACCUCCAGGUGCCGCCCUCCUUCCCUACUGGUUCAGCCUGGAUGGUGCCCUUUGAGAUCAACGCCCCUGUUCCUCCAUCCUUCCCCACGGGGUCAGCGUGGAUGGUGCCCUUCGAGGUGCUGCCAUCCUUCCCCACGGGGUCAGCGUGGAUGGUGCCCUUCGAGGUCAACGCCCCUGUGUGGGGUGACUGUGCAUUCGCCGUGCAUCAGUGGACAGGUAGCAUUUGGGAAGGUAGCUCGUGGGGAGGUAGCACGUGGGGAGGUAGCAUGUGGAGAGGUAGCACAUGGGGAGGUAGCACGUGGGGAGAUACCACGUGGGGAGAUAGCAUGUGGGGAGGCAACAGCAGCAGGGACGAGAGCGAGCCCGUGUUUGUCUUCGCUUUCCACUCGGCUUUCCUACGCAUCGGCCUCACUCGAAUAACCCUUCACGAGAAUGGGUUCGUACACCCUCCUCUUCCCAUCUCUAUCCCCUCCACCCUUCUCCCCUUUUUCUACCACCCCAUCUGCUCGACUGUGCGUAUGGGGGAGGCAAUUACCCGCCGAUUUCCCCUCUUAGUACCCAACCAGCUCAGCUCCUCCUCUACUGCUUCACUUUUCCUCCCCUCCGUUCACCCCCUUUUCUACCACCCCAGCAGCUCGACUCUUGACUGUGCAUACGGGGGGGACAUCCAAGUACCGGCCGAUUUCUUCAUCGACGUGCUGAUAGAUAUGCCGCAGCCACGUGGCGGCGUGACAUUGGCCGACGCCAACCCCGACGGCGCGCCAGCUGGCACGAUGCUGACGUGGCAGCAGCUUCUGGCGGCGUACCGGGACGACUUUGUGGAAGCUUCCAGGAAGCAGCGGAUGGCUCAAGAGAGGGAAGAGACGAGGCUGGGGAGAGCUGAGGCAGAGGGGAGUGAGCGGGAGGGAGAGGAAGGAGUGAACGGGAGAGGCAGCAGCACGUUCACAUCGGAUCAGCAAGAGCAUUUCAAACGGGAGAUUUCUCAAAGUGCUCUUGCAACGGAGGCAGUAGACGGGAGGGGCAGGGUGCCUCCGUUGCAAGAGCAACAGAGGGACCGGAGGGAUGCAGUGGGGGAUGGGGUGGGGGAUGAGAGGAGGAGCCUGGCUCGCAGCCUGGUGACAGAGGUGCAAGCCCACCCUCUCCUGCGCCACACAGGACAAGCAAGCCACCCGGGCAUGCUGUGUGUGCUGUCCAUGCCGCCCGGCGUGGCAUCCACGCCGCCCGGAACGGCGUUCAUGUCGCCUGAAGUGAUGUCCUCACGCCAUAGCAUGGGCGGUGGGGCCUUGAAAGGGGUUGACAGGCAUGGCAUGGGGCCUGGGGGGUCAAGGGGGGGCGAACGGCAUAGCGUGGCGGGUGGGGGGUUAAAGGGGGGCGACAGGCACAGCAAGGAAAGGAUGGGGCAGGAAGGGAGUAUGGGGGGGAAGGGGACCAUGGGGUUUGCGGGGGGGAUGAGGUGGGAGGGGAGCAUGGGGGGUGCGGAGGGGAUGGGGGAAGAGAGGCAGAGCGUGGGGAAUUGGGGAGUGGAUGUGAGCGCUAUAGGUGGGGAGGGGAGUGUGGGGAGCACGGAUGCCUCAGGCAAGCUUGCUGCGCCUGUGAUGGGGGGAAAGCAGGGAGAAGGGGAAGGGGGGAGGGUGGAGGGGGAAGGGGACCUUUUCCCCCCUGCCCGCCCCUUGCACUGGUCCAAAGUGACUAAUGUGAAAGGGACAGUAAAAGCAACAAAAUCAGGUGGAAAGUCGAAGACAGGAGGAGGGGUGCAAGGAGAAGGGGGAGGACAGGGGGGGAGGAAGGGACUAGGGAAAGAUGAGUUACAAGUGGUUGGUUUGGCUCGCGCUAACAACGUAGCCAUCAUGCUCACUCAAUUCCGCAUGCCCGAGAAUCAAAUCCGAGAUCUGAUCCUCGCAGGAGAUCCUAAGCACGUGCUGCCACCUGACCGCCUGGGCCUGUUGCUUCAGGUGAUUCCAACAGAGGAGGCGGCGAGGUUCAGAGCAGUCUCAGGUGCUGCUUCAGGUGCCAUGUGUGCACCUGAGCGCUUCCUUUGGUCCAUAUCCCUGAUCCCAAGAAUGAGGAGGAAAAUCGAGGCGCUAAUGUUUGUGCGGCAUUUUCACACCAUAGUCAAUGAUGCCCGGGCAGUCAUAAAAGUUUUUUGUCCUGCAGCCCGAGCGAUUCGCAGCAGCAAGAUUUUCCGGGCAGUGCUUGCAGCGGCGCUUGAAGUGGGGAACGAGCUCAACCGAGGCAGAGCAAGGGCCUCCCCUUUCCCUUCCCACCCUUCCCACCCUUCUCAUCCCUCGCCCCUGAUCGCCGGUGCAACAACGCUCCUCGACGUGGUGGUGAUUAUAACGAGGGGAAGCGACUCAACCAGCGCAGAGGGGGGAGAGGAGGGAGCAGGGGAAGUGGGGAGCAGCCUUGUGGGCAGUGCAGUCAGAAACAAGGGAGGAGAGGGGGGAGCAGGGAGGCGAGGGAAGCUGACAGUAGAGCUGGCAGCAGUGGGGGAGGCUGUUAGGAUGUUCCAGGCUGAGGUGGCGGAUGCCACGUCAGCACUGGACACUGGCCUGCGAUUGGUGGAUGAGGAGGUGCGGCUUCUGCAGCAGGAGAGAGAAGAGGCGAGGCUGGAGGAGGGGGAGGCAGAUCAGGAGGAGGAGGAGGAGGAAGAAGAGCGGAAGGAGAGGGAGGAGGGACAGGGGAAGGGGCACGAUAGCAAGGGUGAGGUGGAGAGGCAGCGGAAGGGGAAGAGGGUAGGGGAGGGCGGGCUGAUGACUGUGCUAGCAGAGUUCAGAUUGAGUGCAAGGAAGGAGAGGGAGGAGCUGGCCACGGAUGCUGAGGAGUGCAGGUCAACACUUCGACAGCUGGCAUGCUACCUUGGGGAGUCAAAACCCCAACCGUCGACAUCAGAUUCCCGCGAGCCUGCUGACGACGCCGCUGCUGCAUGGGCGCGCGGAAAUGCGGGUGGUGGUUGGCACUGCAGCGCGCGUGAAAUACUGGGGUAUCUCGUCGCUGCGCGUUAUGCCCCUGAUCGUCCGUGCGACAACCGCCGUUGGGGCAUUUCUUCUAGGCCCGAUGGAGGAGAGGAGGGGGCAGAGAAAGACAAAAGUAGCCGUUUAGGCAAUUCAGCGGGAAAAGAGGGAAGCUGCGGUUGCAAUCAGAAACGGAAGAGGGAAGGGAAUUGGCGUUUUGGGCAGGGAGGAGAGGAGGGAGCAAGGGGUGGAGGGAAACCGUCUAUUGGGCAGGGAAGAGAGGAGGGAGAAGAGGAGAGGCUCCAGGAGAGGGAGGAGGACGAGGAGAAAUACCAGGAGGGGGAAAGGGAGGAGGGACAGGUGGGUGGGACAGGGGGAGGGACAGGGGAGGGGCAUGAUAGCAAGGGUGAGGUGGAGAGGCAGUGGAAAGAGAAGGGGAAGGAGGAACUGGCCAAUGAUGCUGAAGAGUGCUGGUGA